UAGGUCGUCUAUCCUAGAUUAUAAUCCCCUAGAGAAUCAUCAGGAUGCACCAGGUUCUGAGCUACGAGACGGCGGUGCGGGCCAACAGCUCUCGCGAAUUCCGCGAAUAUGUCUCCAAGCGAACCUGUGCCUCCCUGGUCCUAACGAUUGCCUUCUUCAUGCUGAUAACAGGAUACUUGCUGGGCAAUUUUGUGGCCGAGCGCAAGUACCACAUACGCCAGAUGAUGAUGACAAAGGGCGUCGUUAAGGAUGUAAAUGGCGAAAGGAGCGUGAGCCUGAAUAGCGCGGAAUAUGCCAGCCUGCAGGAGCUGCAGACAUAUCAGAAGGCCAAGGGACAGCUGCUGAAGUCCGCCCAGGAGCUCGAUAAACUGCAGCAGCAGGAGGAGAGCGAACAAUACCUGGCCACCUCGCUGAACACCGAGAUCUUCAACAGGUACAUAUCCUGCACGCAGGACAUACCGCCCAACACGAUCAUCGCGACUAGCCAGUUCACCGAGCAACUGAUCGACAACACGCUGGCCAGGCAGCGCCACUGCAUGAGGAUCAUCCAGGUGGUCAUCGACAAUCACCUGGCCAACAGUCAGCUCUAG